AAACAAGGGCAUGCACAGGUGUCUGCAGUGGUACUUGAAGGGAGGCUUUCACCCCAAGGCGGAAGGCCCUGAAAGACGGUGCCAACCUGACGGCCAUUUCGGAGGAGCCUGGUAAGGGCCAGGAAUCAGACCGGAACAUGGACAGCCCGACCUCUGAGGCUUCCUUGGCUGAGACGGUUGCCCGGAUGAUGGAUCGGGAGAAGACGUUCUUGACGGAAAUUGGCGAGGACAAACCGGCUAGCAGACGAGGCAGUGACUUUGAUGGAUCGGGAAGUAGCGAUGACGACGACUUUGCUGAUGACGUCAGUGACUUCGACGAAAACCACAACAGUGACUUUCGGCGGCGUGGACGAAGGAAAUCAACACCCUUUGAGUUUGAUAUCGACGCUGAUUUCAAUUUCGAUCAAGACGACGAAGAGGAUAUUCGACGUCGCUCGAAGAAACGGAAGAUUACGACCGAGAUCGUGUACUCCAAGGCGUGUGAGAAUUGUCGCCUGCCGCCCUGUGGGGCCUUCAGAGACCAGGCGACUAAGGUCUCCGUCUGUCUCCGGGGUAUGCAUCUUGGGCCCAAGGAGAUCAAGCCCAUAGCUAUAGCGUUAGUGAAAGACCGAACUAUCGUGGAGCUUGACCUGUCGGACAACAACAUGGGCCCUAUGGGGGUGAUGUAUAUAGCGGAGAUGAUGCAGGCUAACAGAUACCUUCUUGAACUGAAUCUCUCGCAGACUAAUCCCCGUCGAAGCGGCCUGAACGCGCUGGCAGAGACACUGAGAUUAAACAACUCUAUACGGUUACUCAAACUAGAAGAAAACGACAUCGACCAUACAGAUGCAUCUCACAUCGCCAGCAUUAUCAAGUCGUGCCCUAAGCUUCAGGAAUUAUACCUGGGACACAACAGACUUGGGGCAGCGGGAGGGAAAGUCAUCGCAGAAGCUCUGAUCACAAGCACUGGGCUCCGUACACUGGACCUGCAGUGGAAUCACUUGAGACGCGAGAGUGCCGUGGAGCUUAGCAAGGCUUUGGCGAAAAACCAAGGCUUGAAAUUGCUGAACGUUGCGUGGAAUGGUUUUGCCAAGGAGGGAUGUCUAGCAUUAGCCAAAGCCCUGAAGGUCAAUACGUCACUACAAGAGCUGGACCUUACGUGCAAUAGAAUCGACUACCAGUCUCUCAGCUUCCUGGCUCACGGGCUGGUGCUCAACAAGGGUCUCCAAACAGUCAAGCUGGGACACAACCCCAUGACGACAGAGGGCGCUAACCAGCUCCUGAAGGCGAUAGCGGACUGUAAGGAGUCGAACUUGAGGGAGCUGUCUCUGGAAGACAUUGCUGUCGAUCGUGAGUUCAUGGAAACCAUGAAGGCCAUCCAGGAAACCCGGAACCUCAAGGUCAUCCACGGUCAUGAGAUGAAGCUGGCCACUGGCUCGGUGUCACGUGACCAUGACGGAACCAGCCUGCAGCGGUGGGAACCCACACUGGUUCUGUUUGAGUACAUGAAAAUGGACAACCUUCGUCUGAUUGAUAUGUUCAAAAGUUUCGACGUUAAGAAGAGAGACAAGUUGUCCCGCUCUAACAUUAAAGAUGGCAUCAAUACGCUGAAAAUUCCCUUCACGGAACAUAUGUUGGACGAGAUUAUGGAGAAGCUGGAUGUGAACAAAGAUGGCGUGCUAGACUUGGAAGAGAUGAUGAAAGGAGCCAAAGAAAUGUCCCGCUACGUCAACCAGCGAACGUUGAAGGCCAAGGCCAAGAAGCGAGAGGACAUGGGCCUUGUUACUCUGAGACAGACGCUGAAGAAGAUCAUCAAGAAACGUAAGGAAGAGCAGGACCAAGCAGCACAGAACGCCAGCAAGGACAGACGGAACAGUAUGAUGGCGCAGAGUGGACUGCCAGCCUUGGCGGGUAUCGUGCGUAAAAUGCAAAUCAAGAAGGCAACAGGAGUCAGUGUGCAAGAUCCCGCUGUGGCCGAGGUGGACGACGUUGAAGGAAUGGUGAAGUUGGCCGCGAUGAAAUUCAGGAAGAGGCUCAAGAAACCUUCACAACCAUCAACCAUAUCCGAAGAUGAGGAGACACCGACUGCUGCCAUGGCAACAACGAUGUCAUGA